AUGCUUCACUUGUCUUUGUACUUUUUCCAGGAUUCCAAUGUGGAAAAACCGUUAGAUGAAAAUCAAUCGUUGAGUGGCAUCACCAAAGAUAUAUCUUCUGACACUCGUCAAUCAUCCACAUCUGAAAGCAUAGCGUCCUCUUCAGUGACCGAGGUGCAGCGGUGCAUGUCACUAUAUUUUGCUCUAUGCACAAAGAAGCACUCCCUUUUCCACCAAAUUUUCGUUAUCUAUAGCAGCACGUCAAAGCCGAUAAAGCAGGCAGUUCAUCUCCAAAUCCCAAUACUGGUUCGCACUAUUGGUUCAUCGUCUGAGCUUCUUGAAAUAAUUUCAGAUCCACCGAAUGGAAGCGAGAGCCUUCUCAUGCAGGUUUUGUGUACACUGACAGAUGGCACAAUUCCUUCUCCAGAAUUAAUAUUUACCAUUAGGAAGUUGUACGACACAAAAGUAAAGGACGCUGAGAUUUUAAUUCCAAUAUUGCCGUUCCUGCCGAAAGAUGAGGUGUUGCUGAUCUUUCCCCAACUUAUUAAACUUCCUCUGGAUAAGUUACAAGGUGUAAUUACACUUGCUGUACAGGGAUCAUCUCAUUCUGGCCCAGUGCUCACCCCCGCUGAAGUAUUAAUUGCUAUCCAUGGGAUUGAUCCCGACAGAGAUGGAAUUCCCUUGAAGAAGGUAACAGAUGCGUGCAAUGCUUGUUUUGAGCAACGGCAAAUAUUCACUCACCAAGUUCUUGCAAAGGUCUUGAAUCAAUUGGUUGAGCAGAUUCCUCUUCCCUUAUUGUUUAUGCGUACAGUAUUACAAGCCAUAGGUGCUUUUCCAUCCCUGGUUGACUUUAUAAUGGAUAUCCAGUCUCGUCUUGUAAGCAAGCAGAUAUGGAAGUAUCCAAAGCUGUGGGUAGGAUUCUUAAAGUGUGCACAAUUGACCAAGCCCCAAUCUUUUGGUGUGUUGCUUCAGCUACCUCCUGCACAACUUGAAAAUGCCUUGAAUAGAACGCCAGCACUCAAGAGUCCCUUGAUUGCACAUGCAAACCAACCCAACAUACGGUCUUCACUUCCAAGGUCUGUAUUGGUGGUUCUUGGAAUUGCAUCAGAUUCUCAAAAUGCUAGCCCGGUACAAACGACUCAGGCUCAGACAGGAGAAACAGGCAAUUCGGCUAAGGAUGCGGUGACUGAAAAAUCCAAAGAAUCAUCUAGCGCCAGCUGACUUAAGAAGUUGACAUGUGUUUCCGCAUGCAUGGUCGUAUAUACUAAUUUCCCCGACUCCGUUUCAAGUUCUUUCAGUUUUGCAGAUGACAAUGCCAGUUUGUUUUUGCUUUUCCAUAUCAUGGUUCCAGAUGAAGUCAUGCUUCAAAUGUGAAUUUGUUGAACCUGCUGGAGGAGUUUGUCGCUGAUCUACUGGGUCAGCUGCAUUCAGGAAUGACAAUUUUACCUGAAGUUUUCCGGUUAGAUAGAAAUAUGUAUGUAAGCAAAAGAAGCUUCUGUUGGAUCAAGAUCUCAGUACCAGGAUCUGACUGCAAUCCGAGGAGAAGUUGCCGCUGCUGUUACUGGAGAACUUUACUAUCCGAGGAAAGUUCGUUUCAAGUUUGUCACAGUACCCAGAUACUACCAACGUUACAAGUUGUAUACGGCCAACUGCUGAAUUUUUUUAAGUUCGUAAUCUUUUAAUUACCAUCUACAGUGUAUUCUAAGAUGGUUUGAUAUUGCUAUAAUUUUAGAAGUAGACCAGGAAUAAGAAAAGCGAGAAUUCUGCAUCUUUUUAUGAUAGUUAAAGCUGGAAUUGAUCAUCUGUUUUUUUCCAAUUGAUGGGGAAUGUUUUCUGUCGCAUCUUUUCAGCCAUCAUCUGAACAUUGCUUGUAUCAUAUGUAUUGGAGAUGAAGGUGAAAGACCCAAGAGGUCAGGCAGGC